AUGCCGCGGGCGAGGCGAGCGCGUCGGUGCCGACGACGAAGAUUAUUCCUCGCGCGGCGCGGCCGCGAGCCCGCGACUGAACGAUUUUCACGCACCCCUCGGUUUCAACAUUUGAUCGCUCUCCCUUUCAACGGACCGAUGAACUUUUUUACGAUGGGAUCGCCGAGACGCAGAUGCUCUCACGACGAUUCGUGGACGGAUAAAGCCGUCGACGUCACCGCGACUCGCGCGCCGCACGCCGCGUCCACGAUGCCCACGACGUCCCUCGCGCCGCCGCCGUCGCGACUCCUCGGCGCGCGUCGUCGCGCGCGCGCCGCCUCGCGCGCGAGGCGCGGCGUCCGGGGACGCGCGUCGGCGACGACGACGACGACGACGCGCGCGAUGGCGACGUUCGGCGAUCUUAUUAGCCUCGCGAAGAAGAAGAAGAAGAAGGCACCCGCGAAGCCGCCCGCGGGGACGCCCGCGGAAGCGGCCGCGCUCAAAGCGGCCGCGCUGACGCUCGCGGUUCCGACGCUCGCGACGUUCCCGAGCACGCGCGCCGUCCUCGACGCGUUCGACCUCGAGAACGGCGACCCGGCCGCGUUCACCGCGGUGGCGCAGGUGCAGCACUUCGCGAACGUCGUCGGCUCCGAUUGCUUCGCGCUCAUCGCGCUGUGCGGGCUCUACGUCCUGUCCGACGCCGCGGAGAACGCGCGGCUCGACUCCGCGACGUAUCAGCGCGUCGCGGGCGCGAUCGCGCUGUACGGCGCGGCGAACAUCCUCGGCGUCGCGAUCGCGGCGACCGCGGACGGGUCGCCGUCGCCGUCCGCCGCCGCCGUCGCCGGCGUCGUCGCGGCGCUCGCGCCCGCGUCCGUCGUCGCCGCGUCCGUGGUGCGAACGCACGGCGGCGGCCUCGAAGGGUUCGUCGCGCGCGUGAAGGAGGACGUGGCGCUCGCGGCGGACAUCGGAAACGUCUCCGAGGUGGGCGGGUACCUGGAGUACUACUACAAGCUGAGCUUUUGGGCGUCGAUCGUCGUCGGCGGCGCGUUUGCGUUUUCGCCGCUGUCGCCGUUGUCCAUCGUGAACGAGUACAACCCGUCGUCGCAGUUCGUGCAGCGCGCGUUCGGCCUCGGCGCGGUGUUCAUGCUCGCGCCCGUGCAGUUCGUGCUCCUGGACGCGUCGCGUCGGGGGAGGCUGGGGGGCGGGACGUUCAAAAAGUUGAAUCUCUCCGUCGCCGCCGCGGUGUUCGGGAUCGAUCUCAUGACGGUGUUCACGUUCGCGGCGGCGAGCGGGUUGGGCCCUGACGCGGCGACGUACUCGGACGGCUCGGGGGGGAUUUACAACUACGUCGGCGCGCUCGCGGUGUCCUUUAGCAUAUGCGCGGUGUACCUGUACCAGGGCGUCGCCGCGAAGAAGUAAGUUAGCUACUACGG